AUGACAUACAACCAACACAAUGCAGAGGACAGCUGCCUAAAAAACCAGCACCGAGCCUGCCCUGUGCAGGACGAGUCUAUCAAUUUUAGUCCUUCUUCCACUUCCCCUCCGCCGUCGGUGAUCCAGCGCGGCGAUCCCGAAAAAUCACCAUCGGCCCCGGUUACGGCUCCGGGCCUCGAGUACACCGAAACCUCCUCCACGGACAACCAUGAGCCUAACCUCGACUUUCCCGAGGGUGGCCUCCAAGCAUGGCUUGUAGUCUUUGGCUCCUUUUGUGGCAUGUUUUCCGUCUACGGUCUCAUUAACACCGCUGCUGUGUUUGAGUCGUACUUUUCCGAGAACCAGCUCAAAGACUACUCGUCAUCCCAGAUUGGUUGGAUCUUUAGUUUAUACCUGUUUAUGGUUUUCAUCGUGGGCAUUCAAGUUGGGCCUGUUUUUGACAAAUAUGGCCCCAGACUUAUUGUUCUUGCCGGUGGUUUACUCAUUGCUACCAGUCUGUUCAUCCUCAGCAUUUGCGAAGAAUUCUACCAGAUCCUUCUGUCAUACUCGGUCGUAGGCGGUCUAGGAGGCGCCCUACUCAACUCUCCCUCCUAUGCAUCCAUUGCCCACUGGUUCAACGUCCGCCGCGGUCUUGCAACAGGCUGUGCAAUGACCGCAGGAUCAAUUGGCGGUAUUAUAUUCCCCAUCGUCCUGCAAAAGCUCCUCCCCACCAUUGGCUUUGCGUGGACAACCCGUAUCCUGGGCUUUAUCAUCCUGGGUCUUACCGUCCCAGCGACACUCUUUAUGCGAUCACGUCUUCCACGACACAACAAGGUAACUUCUGUCUGGCCGGACCUUGGCAUCUUCAGAGACCUCAAGUUUACCUUUGCCGCGUUUGGGAUAUUCUUCACGGAAUGGGGUCUCUUUGUGCCGUUGACUUAUAUCGUCUCUUAUGCUGGUAGAUACUCUGGUAAUCCUACCAGCUCUUACACGCUCCUUUCGAUUCUCAAUGCUGGUUCAUUGCUCGGUCGUUUUCUCCCUGGCUUUCUGGCAGAUAAGAUUGGCCGCUUUAAUGUCAUGCUUCUUACCCUUGGGCUGUGCAUUGUCUCAGCUUUCGCUCUAUGGUUACCAGCUGGUGAUUCCCAAGCCAUGAUCAUCGCUUUCGCAGUCGUGUUUGGCUUUGGUUCUGGCUCAAACCUGGGUUUGACACCUGUCUGCGUUGGUCAACUCUGCGACCCGCGCGACUACGGACGCUAUAUCUCGACAGCUUUCAUGGUAGCUAGUUUCGGAACCCUCAGCAGUCUACCCAUCGCCGGCGCUCUUCUCGAAGCUGGAGGCAACGGCGAUGCAGGCUGGACGGCUCUCAUCGUCUUUGAUGGAUUGUCGUAUGUGCUGGCGCUUGCCUGCUUCCUCGCUGCGAGGGUGUUGGCUGUUGGCUGGAACGUGAAGAGCGUCUACUAA